AGGAAAGGGGAAUCCUUUUCCACCCCCCGACCUUUCCAUCUCUUCUUCCCGGCGAGCGAUGGCGCGCCAGGGGAUCCAUGAGUAGCUUACGGGGAGGGUUCCCCAUGCCCACCAGCCACCACCUUUUCCUGUGCCACGCAAUGAUUUCUUCCUCCUCCUCUUCUUGUACCCUGCUGCUGCUGCUGCCGACGCCGCCGCCGACGCCAGCAACCCUCAGUCCCAAUCUCGCCUGACUGCUCCCCGCCUCGCCGCCGACAGACAGAGAUGUUCAAGCUGCACCGCCACCGCUCGUCGGACCGCGUCGGCCAGCGCUUUGACUUCCGCUUCUUCAACUUCCGCGCCGUCCAGGUCCCUGCAGUAUCAGACAGGUUGUUCCUUUCGAUUGUCUCAGUGGAUACUGGAAAAACAGUUGCCAAGUCCAGUAAAGCAGCUGCACACAUCGGAAUUUGCCAAUGGCCUGACAACAUAUUGGAAACAAUAUGGUUUUCUCAAGAUGAAGUGUCAAAAAAAUUUGAUGAGUGCCAGUACAAGAUUGUUGUUUCUGUGGGAUCUAUAAAAAGUGGUGUUCUUGGGGAGAUCUUCCUAAAUCUGACUAACUUUCUGAAUUUGGUGGACCCAACUGCUAUCUCUUUGCCAUUGAAGAAAUGCAACUCUGGAACAGUUUUACAGCUUAAGGUUCAGUAUCUUGGCACCAAGUCUAAGUUGAGUGGUGUGAGAGCCUGGAAGGAUUUGUCUCCUCGUCUCGAUGACCGCAGUCCAACCAACGAUGAUAUUGACAGCAAGUCAGAUGGCUCUGAUAGUAUUGCAAACAAGAGUGUUCGCUCUUCAUCAGGAAAUCCUUUAGGUGGUACUACUCAAGAUGAACCUGGACACAGGGAAACGAGUUUCUCAGCAUCUGGGUCCCACCGGAGUUCUAAUUCUGGAGAUAGUACCGCAGAUAGAACAAACUUUUCCCCUAGAGACAGCUCUAAUGGGGGUGUGCAUGUGGGAAGGCAGGAUUCUGCCAGCUCGUAUGUGAGCUACGUUAGUGCCAGUCGUGGUGAUGAAGAAUUUAGAUCAAACAAUUCAUCUUUCAGUUCCCGUGCAUCAGGUCCUAAUGUGUUGCAAGGAAAUACUCCAAAAUCAUUUGGGAAUGGGUUUGGUCAGGUAUCAUUAGGGACGUCUGAUUCAUCCAAAGAGCUUCUUGAAGCGGCUGAAGAAACAAUUGAGGAACUCCGUGAUGAGGCAAAAAUGUGGGAACGACACUCUCGCAAGUUGAAGGCUGAUCUAGAGAUGUUGAAGAAGGAAUGUUCUGAGAAAUCCAAGCAACAGGCUGAGCUAGAAGUUGAACUGUCUGCUGCACAUGCUGAACGGGAUUCCUAUAGGCAAGAAAUUGAUGAGUUGAAGUCAUCUAUGCAAGAGGUAACCACACGACAAAAAGUUGGAGGAACCUCCAAAUAUGGGGACUGGAUAGAUUUGCAGAAGGAACUUGAAGAUGAUAUAAAGUUUCUGAAAGAAUCAAAUGCAAACUUAUCCAUACAACUGAAAAAUACUCAAGAAGCAAAUAUAGAGCUUGUUUCUAUUCUUCAGGAGUUGGAAGAGACCAUAGAAGAGCAGAAAACAGAAAUAUCUAAGCUCUCUAAAGUCAGGAAUGUCACUGACCUUGAUGCCUUAAAUAAGGAUUCUUUAGUCAAACAGGACACAGAAUGGGCUAAGCAACUAUCAAUUAAAGAGGAUGAAAUCACAAUGCUGAGGGAGAAAUUAAAUCGUGUACUCAAUAUUGAAAAUGCAGGUGUUGCAGCUUCUGGUGCUGUUUAUCUUGAACUGGAGAAAGAAAAUGAACUUUUAAGGGUUAAAAUACAAGAGCUCGAGAAAGAUUGUUCAGAACUAACAGAUGAAAAUUUGGAGCUUAUAUACAAGCUGAAAGAAGUAGGUGGGGUUACAAAAGGUCAGGGCAAUUGCAUUCCAAACAAGAGCAAUUUGGAAAUUGAAGAGCUUACAUCAAAGAUAUGUCAACUAGAAGAGGAGCUUAGAAACAAGGAAUUGUUGCACACUGGCCGUUUUGCUGAUGCAUCAAUAUCUAGCUCAAAAGAAUUACAGGAAAAAUGUGCUAACCUUGAGCUGAAGCUUCUGAAUUUUAGGUCUCAAGCCUAUGAUCUAGAAGAGAAGUUCCAAAAAAGCCAAGAGGAGCUAGAACAAAGAAAUCUCGAGUUAUCUGAGCUGAGGCAGAAGCUUGACAGUUCCCAUUCCACCACAUUGGAAGAUGUUCAAACUAAUGGCACAAGAGGAUACCAAUUUAGAGGAGAAAGUAUUGAUAAUGAACCUGACACAGAUAUGUUGAAGGCCAAAAUUCAGCUGCAGCAGCAGGAAAAUGAUGAUUUGCGAUGCUCGAAAGUUGAAAUGGAGACCGUUAUUUCUAAAAUUCAGGCAGAGAAGAGUCGGUUGGAGGAACGCCUGGAAGCAUCACUUAAAGAAAGUAGUAUUUCUUCAAAAUGCUUGGAUGAGGUGCGGCAAGAUAUCCUCGUGCUUUCAAGCAGCAUAGAUUCCCAUGUUUCUGCUAAUAAGGUUCUGGAAAGAAAGGUAGCUGAACUGGAGAGUUGUAAAGCUGAACUAGAAUUACAUAUAUCGAACCUGGAACAGGAAAACGUAGAGCUAUCGGAGCGCAUCUCUGGACUUGAAGCUCAGUUGACAUACAUGACGAAUGAAAAGGACUCAAGUGAGCUGCAGAUUCAUGAUUCUAAAUCACUUAUUGUUAAUCUCAAAGAUAAGUUAGAGCGCCAGCAAUCAGAGAUGGAAUCUCAAAGGCUUGAAUUUAAGCAAAAGCAACAAGAAGCUCAGAGAAAAUUGUCUGAAGCACAAGAUGAUUCAGAAGUUCAGAGGAGAUCUAACACUAAAUUACAAUCUACAGUUGAGAGCCUUAUUGAAGAGUGCAGUUCUCUGCAAAAUCAAAUUGCAGAUCUGAAGAGGCAGAAAUUGGAGUUGCAUGGCCAUCUCACUCAACAAGAGCAGGAAUUGGAUAACUCGAAAAAGAGGAACUUUGAUUUUGGCAAGACAGUUGAAUUCUUAGAGGCGAAGCUUUCUUCACUUCAGAAAGACAUAUCUUCCAAAGAGCAGUCUUUACUAUCAGAACUUGAGAGUAUAUUCCAGGAGCACACCGAGCAAGAAGAAAGAAUAAACCGUGCACAUUUCAUGCUAAACAAGAUUGAGAAAGAAAAGACUCUUGAGGUAGAGAAUCUUGAGAGGGAGGUAAUGAGUCUCACUGCACAGACCUCCUCCACACAAGAGGAGCGAGAAAAUGCCACAGUGGAGGCUAUUCGAGAGGUCUCUGUUCUACGAGCAGACAAGGUCAAACUUGAGGCGAGUCUCCAGGAUGUCAGUGCACAGCUGAGGCAUUACGAGUCUCAGUUGGAAGACCUUCGUAAGGAGUCUAAAAGCAAGAUUAAAGGUUUGGUUGACUCCCUUAAUGCAUCCAAACAAAGUGAGGAAAUGUUGACAGCAGAUGCUGAACAUAUGAAAAAAUUGAUGGAAGUUGCUAAAUCCAAUGAAGAUGAGUUAAGGAAAUCUUCUGGUGAACUAGAAUUGAAGCUUAAAGCCAGUGAUUAUGAGAAACAGCAAAUGAUGGAAGAAAUAUCUGGUCUGAAACUUCAAGUGCAGAAAAUAAUGGGUCUUCAAGACGAAGUGCUCAAGCUGAAAAGUUCCCUUGAUGAGGCUAAGUUUGAAAAAGGAAAAGUGGAGGAGUUACUUCAUUCUGCUACUGAGGAAUGCGAAGAAUUGAAGGCACAGAAGGCUAUGCUAACAGAUAAAGUUUCUAAUAUGCAGGAGUCUUUGGACAAUGGUGAAGAAAAAAAACGAAGCAGAGUAGCCAUGCAGGCAAAGCUUGUAAGGCUGGAGAGUGAUCUAUCUGCACUGGAAGCAUCGCAUGUACAUGAAGCAGAGUUAAAGAAUGAAAUUAAUAGAAUCAAGAGAUCAAAUAGCGAGUACCAGAGAAAGAUACAAUCUCUUGAGCAGGAAAAUGAGGAUCUCACAAGGAGAACUCAGCUCGAGCAGAUGUCCCACAUCAAAGAAGAGGACCUUGGAAAGCAGGAGAUUGGGGGUUCUCCAGUUGAUGAGGAGGCCAGUAUUCAUUUGAAGAUCCAAUUAUUGGAAGCUAAGCUUGCAGAGGCUUUAGAGGAAAACAAGAUGUACAGAGCUCAACAUAAGAGUCCUAUGCCUGAUGGGCAAUCUGCUGCUGGGGAUGGCAAGGAGAGUAGCAACGACAGGGUUUUGCAACUAGAAGGAGAGCUAAGAGAUAUGAAGGAGCGGUUACUCAACAUGAGCUUGCAGUAUGCAGAGGUAGAGGCUCAGCGGGAACGAUUAGUGAUGGAACUGAAAGCUGCCAAGAAAGGGCGGUGGUUCUAGCUUGCUGGAGAACUAUUGCCUGCAAUAACAGACUGAUAUCACAGAUAGACAUCAUGAACCACGGCCAUAACCGCACCAUGACAGUAUGGCACGCAUGUCAUGUUAUCAUGUGAGAGCAAAAGCAACUGCUGAGGCAGAUGUGAUGUACACCAGACUUUGUGACUGGAGCAUGAGCAGCAAAGAGGUCUUCGUGAUGGGGUGAACUGUGAGUCUGUGACUUCUCCGUGGAGAAAAAGGCCACCACUAAAACCUUAUCAAGAUUAUCCCCUUUUAACCGAUUGAUUAUUAUUUGUGUAAUAUCUUAUCUAUUUUUGUCCGGUAUACUGGUUUCUCAAUUGACUGAGGGUGAACGUUAUUUGUUAAUAUGGUUACUCGGAUCACCCGAAGAUUACAUCUAUUCCAACAAGAGUGAGCUUAACUGUUGAUAAAAUGUAGCUCUUUUUUUCCUCUCCCUGAGGCCAGUGUGAUUGUGUUUGUGUCAAGAGAUUUAGUUAGUAGUAUAGUCACCACACUCUCCUACAUUAUUAUUUAUUGUAAUAAUGAAAAAGCAAUAUGUACAAUAUCAAGGGGUGUCCCUUUUCUGUUCC